AUGGAAUCAAUAGAAAUAGUAUCCAUAACGAAUGAAGAAGAAAAUAUUGCUCAUACGAUGGACAAAAAAAAACUCCUAUCACCCAUUGCAAUUGAUUCCUAUCUUUGGAAAAAUAAAUUCCACUGCUCUCUUUUCUCCAUUGCUUCCAAUUUCUGGGACAAGCAUAUGAAUGGUAACUUUAGGAAUAUAAUCCACAGUAUCAAAGUGGGAAUCGCCUUGGUUUUGGUUUCACUACUAUUCAUCUUGAAACCUCUGUAUGACCGAGUUGGGGACAAUGCAAUGUGGGCUAUCAUAACUGUUGUCGUAGUCUUUGAAUUCUAUGCAGGAGCAUCACUAGGAAAGGGCUUCAAUCGUGGAAUGGCAACUCUUUUAGGAGGAGGAUUGGGUUUCUUAACAGCAAUUUUAGCCCUACGCAUUGGAGGGGUUGCCGACUUGAUUAUGCUUGGUGCUUCAGUAUUUAUCUCUGGAUCAGUUGCUACAUAUUUACGAACGGUUCCAAGCAUCAAGAAGAGAUACGAUUACGGAUUUAUGAUAUUCAUAAUGACUUUCAAUCUAGUUGUGAUGUAUGGCAUAAGUGAUGGUUCUAAAGACAGUGUCUGGAAAGCAGCCCGUGAACGUCUCUCCACAAUUCUAAUGGGUUUGCUUGUUUGUAUUUGUGUGAGCUUGUUCGUCUUUCCCAUGUGGGCCAGCGAUGAGCUUCAUCAUUCUACAGUUUCACGAUUCCGAGGCCUUGCCAAUACAAUUCAAGAUAUCAUAGAAGAAUGUACCAAAUUGGCUGGUGAAAAGGAAAACCAACCCCGAGCUAACAACAAUAUUUGCAAGUCGUUGUUGAACUCCAAGUCCAAGGAUGAAUUGAUGGCAAAUUUUGCAAAAUGGGAACCUUGGCAUGGAAAAUUCGGAUUUUCCUACCCAUGGGAAAAGUACCUAAACAUUGGAGAGGCUCUUCGAGAAUUGGCUGCAUUUAUUGUUGCAGUGGAACUUUGCCUUCGAGGCUCAGAACAAUCCAUGGCAUCUCUGAGGCAGUCAAAAUCAGUCCAUUUAGAACCAUGUGAAGCAAUUGGGUCAUGGAUUGUAUGGACCCUGCGAGAACUAGGUGACAGUAUGAAGCAAAUGAGAAAAUGCGAAACAGAGGGCAGCAUGUUGGCCAAGUUGAAAGCAGCAAAAGCAGAGCUAAACUUGGUAAUUUCCACAUCCAAGGUUGCAACACCUGAGAAUGGCGAAGUGCUAACAAUUGCAAACUUCGGGUCAUUGCUUAUGGAAAUGGUGGAAAAAGUGGAGACAUCGGUGAAAGAGGUGGAGGAACUUGGAGAUUUAGCUGGUUUUAGUACCCACGGCCAGAGUUAA